UAACAACGAUGAUACGACAUCGAAUAAGAAGGGGAAGGGACCGUUUGGUGUCGAUACAACGCCUAUUUCAAGGCAUGACAGCCUAAGGACCAGCACAGACAAAUUGCAAUCACAUUGCUUUGCCAAGCGACUAUUAGCAGUAAUCAUCCGGAUACAACCAAGACCAAUUUCCCCACCAACAUGCCUUCCACCGCUUCCACUCAGUUCCCCCAGUUGGACCAGGACAUCAAGCCCGAAGCCGUCCAUAUCGACAACAUUGACUAUGAUGGUGACAUUAAGAAAGAAUCCAUCCCAAGCCCCGUUGUCCAGAUGAAGUCCUCGCUGGACGAUCUAUCCACUUGGCAAGCGAUCAAACGUUACAAGCGGAUCUGUGCUAUCUGCAUGAUGGCAGCAUUCGCGGCGUCUCUCGAAGGGUAUCAAAUCAACCUGAACGGAUCGAUCGUCAGUAACAAAGGCUUCAUCGAGAUGAUGGCUGGGAAGAAUGCCAAGAUCUUGGAUGGCAAAUACGUUUCCGCAUGGGGAGGUAUCCAAUCGGCCGGGCAAUUCCUCGGCCAGAUCUUAUUGCCUUUCAUUACCAACCGGUUCGGCAGAAAACCAGCCAUGUACGCCAUCUGGAUCGUCCUCGUGGUCAGCAUCGCCAUAGAGACCGUGACCUCGACCUACUGGCACUGGCUCAUCGCCAAACUGUUUGCCGGGAUCGGCGUCGGAUGCAUCCAAGCGACCCUGCCUGUCUAUAUCGGGGAACAUUCUCCCAACCAAUUGCGAGGGUUUUUGAUCAAUGCUUAUACAUUCUGGUUCGUAGUGGGUCAAAUGAUCGCUCCGGUUGUGUUGAGAGAGAUGGCCGCCCACAGCCCUAUGGACUUCAAGACGCCCAUCCUGACUCAGUGGGGUAUGAUCGGCGUGCUAUUGCUCAUCUUCGUGUACCUGCCUGAAUCUCCUUGGUGGCUUGUCACCAAAGGUAAAGUCGCGCAGGCCGAAUCCAUCUUGUUCAAGAACAAUGGUCAUAUACAAGGUUACGACGUGAAACAACAGAUAGGCAUCAUGGAAGCUACUCUGGAAGCGGAACGCCUCGCCGCGGAAGCGUCCGCUUCGAUCGGUCGAUUCGAGCUGUUCAAGGGCAGAAAUGGCAUCCGGAUGUUGAUCUCUCUCUGGCCCAAGUUGAUGCAACAGUUUGUCGGCUUGACGCUAUUCAACACCUAUUCGACCUACUUUUUCCAAGUUGCAGGGAACAAGAACCCGUUUCAAGUCACGAUUAUCCUCGCUUGCGUUCAACUCAUCUCGGUCCUCCUUACGGCAGCAUUUUCGGACGGCUUCGGACGAAGACCUUUAGUUUUGACUGGUUAUGCGCUCACCGUCGUCUCGGUGCUGUGUCUGGGUAUCGUCGGAUGCUUCGACUAUGAAAAACCAGCCCUCGGAGCUCUCUUGAUCUUUUUCGCUUGUCUUGCAAUCUUCUCGACUACCGGUGCCUCAGCCAUCGGAUACGCAUACGUUGCCGAGGUCCCUACACAGCGGCUCCGUGCCAUUUCCGCUUCGUACGGUCUAGCAAUCACCAACCUGGUCGCCAUUAUGUUCUCUUUCGUCGCUCCUAUUAUGAUCAAGGGCAGUGGCGAUUUCAAAGGAUGGAAGGCAAAGGCGGGAUUCUUCUAUGCUGGUACGGGUAUUCCGACCGUCGUCCUCGCUUACUUCAUCGUGCCCGAGGUAGCAAGGCGUUCUCCCGCCGAGAUAGACGAACUAUUCGAGAGCGGCAUAUCGCUCCGCAAGUUUAAGGGCCACAAGACCGAGGUCGAGCUCAAUCACGAAGCUCGGAAUAUAGAGCACGAUGCCUGAUAUUACCAUCGAGUCUCGCCCGCUCGAUUGGUAUGCGGAAGAUUGUCGUCACUAGUGGGCGAAUGUAAGAGCAGAAUGUUUCGAUUUCGUGGGAAUAUAAGGCUUUGAAACCGGUUGCAAAAAUUGUUGAUGACGUUGGUAUAUGCAAGAAAUAGCUCGGUUUGGAUUGAAGUAGUACGGAUUCUCGCCAGCCGACUAUCUCAAGCACUAACACGAUAAAGGCGAUGAA